GCGCCAAUUCAACAACCCAUUUCCCGCCAAAUCACCAUCUCUGCAAAAACCCCAAAUAUUUUCUUCUCCAGCCACCAAAUUUCAUCUUCUCCUCUCUUACUCUGCACCAGCCAUGGCUUCCGAUUCAUUCAACGAUCCAUCAUCACCAGAUGAUUCACUCUCAAGUCCAAUCGGCAACACCUUUUCAUCUCCUUCCCGCCGUAGAGGAAGAUCAAGUAGCGCCGCCACCCCACCGCCGCCGCCUCCGCAAUCCCGUUUUGCCGCAGAAACUGCUUCUGAAUCAACCCCUACUCCUAAUAGAACAGGCGGCCACAGAUCCAACGGCCGCCACCGACCGGCUACGUCGACUCCGUCGUCCAUGUCGGAAGGGGGUCCUGCGUCGUCAGAAGGCGGGUAUGACGACAUGGACGACGCGACCCCGACAUUUGUGUGGGGGACUAAUAUUAGUGUGGAGGAUGUGAAGCGGAAAAUACAGAUGUUUUUGAAGCAUUUUAGGGAUAAUGAGAAGAGUCAAGAUGUUUUUGAGGAGGGGAAGUAUAUGAAAGGGAUUAAUAAAGUUCUUGAAAUUGAAGGAGAGUGGCUUGAUGUUGAUGGACAUGAUGUGUUUGAUUAUGAUUGUGAUUUGUAUAAUAAAAUGGUUAGGUACCCACUUGAGGUUUUGGCAAUUUUUGAUAUUGUUUUGAUGGAUAUUGUGAGUUUGAUUAACCCGUUGUUCGAGAAGCAUGUACAAGUUAGGGUUUUUAAUCUUAAGUCCUCUACUACAAUGAGGAAUCUCAAUCCUUCUGAUGUCGAGAAGAUGAUGUCGCUCAAAGGAAUGAUAAUACGCUGCAGCUCUAUAAUACCAGAGAUCAGGGAAGCAGUAUUUAGAUGCCUAGUGUGUGGGUAUUUUUCAGACCCGAUUAUCGUGGAAAGAGGAAGGAUAAAUGAACCAGGACAGUGUUCAAAGGAAGAAUGUCUGGCUAAAAACUCUAUGACUUUAGUUCAUAACCGAUGCAGGUUUGCUGAUAAGCAAAUUGUGAGGCUCCAGGAGACUCCUGAUGAAAUUCCUGAAGGAGGAACACCACACACUGUGAGCUUGUUGAUGCAUGACAAGCUGGUGGACACUGGAAAGCCUGGUGACAGAGUUGAGGUCACUGGGAUUUAUAGAGCCAUGAGUGUUAGAGUUGGGCCCACUCAGAGGACUGUAAAAUCAUUAUUCAAGACUUACAUUGAUUGUCUUCAUGUAAAAAAAGCUGACAAGUCAAGAAUGCAAGCAGAAAAUCCUAUGGAAGUUGAUGAUGGCUCACAAAGAACAGAGGAAGAUGACGAAAUAGAUGAAGCCAAGGCAUGUCAUAAGCACCUUCCUUUUUUCUAAAGAACUUUUGCUAUUUGGUCUCCUUUAGUCAAUUUGUGUUUGAAACUGCAGAUAGAGAAAUUGAAAGAGCUAUCAAAACAGCCUGAUAUAUAUGACAGACUAACAAAGUCUUUGGCGCCAAAUAUUUGGGAACUGGAUGAUGUGAAGAGAGGUCUUCUCUGCCAGCUCUUUGGUGGAAAUGCUUUGAAGUUGCCAUCUGGUGCUAGCUUUCGGGGUGAUAUUAAUAUUAUUCUUGUUGGUGAUCCUGGAACUAGCAAGUCUCAGCUGCUCCAAUACAUACACAAACUCUCUCCCCGUGGCAUCUAUACCAGUGGAAGAGGGAGCUCUGCUGUUGGUUUGACUGCGUAUGUCAGCAAAGAUCCUGAGACAGGGGAAACAGUUCUGGAGAGUGGAGCACUUGUUCUGAGUGAUAGAGGAAUCUGCUGCAUCGACGAAUUUGAUAAAAUGUCUGAAAAUGCAAGGAGCAUGUUACAUGAGGUGAUGGAACAACAAACUAUUUCCAUUGCAAAGGCUGGAAUUAUUGCUUCUCUUAAUGCAAGAACUUCAGUAUUAGCUUGCGCAAAUCCUGUUGGUUCCCGCUAUAACCCUCGGUUGUCUGUAAUAGACAACAUACACCUUCCUCCUUCCCUGUUGUCUAGGUUUGACCUAAUAUACUUGAUUCUUGACAAGGCUGAUGAACAAACAGACAGACGCCUCGCCAAGCAUAUUGUUGCAUUACACUUUGAGAAUCCUGAGAGUGCUCAGCAGGAUGUAUUAGACAUUGCUACAUUGACUGCAUACUUGAGCUAUGCUCGUAAGUGCAUUCAUCCAAAGUUAUCUGAUGAAGCUGCUGAAGAGUUGACUCGAGGAUAUGUUGAGAUGAGAAGAAGAGGAAAUUUCCCUGGAAGUAGCAAAAAGGUGAUAACAGCAACUCCUAGGCAGAUAGAAAGUCUGAUACGCCUUAGUGAAGCUCUAGCUCGGAUGCGUUUCUCAGAAUGGGUUGAGAAACCUGAUGUAAUGGAAGCCUUUCGACUUCUGGAUGUUGCAAUGCAACAGUCUGCUACAGAUCAUUCCACAGGAACUAUUGAUAUGGAUCUCAUCACAACUGGAGUUUCAGCAAGUGAAAGGAUGAGAAGAGAAAAUCUCGCAUCGGCAACUCGCAUCAUUAUUAUGGAGAAGUUGCAAAUUGGGGGACCUUCAAUGCGUGUGCUGGAGAUACUGGAAGAACUGAAGAAGCAAAACUCUAGCAGUGAAGUUCAUCUUCAAGAUCUGAGGAAUGCAGUUGCAAAUCUAGCAAGUGAAGGAUUUGUUGUUGUUCAUGGUGAUAGUGUAAAAAGAAUAUAGUUUAUUGGUAGAACCAAAUUUGUUGUGUAAUGAUUUGAAUAUCAUAAUUCAACAUUUCUAAUUAUUAACAGAUGACUAAUUUUUGUUCUUAUUGAGAAUAUUUGAAGA